AUGUUCCCGGAGGUUAAAAUCGUUCCAUCGCCUUCGACAAAUAUAUUGGAAGGGGUGAGUGCGGAAACCCUCGAGGCUAAUCAGAACACCCCGAGUGAAGAGCUCGGGGCCAUGACAACAGGUCAUUCUAUUUCUCUGCCAUCUUAUUUCGAGGAGGCAAUCGAAGAUGCUAACGCUCUGCGGUAUGGUCUCCUUGGCCCUACUUCGGAGGCUAAACCUUCGAUAUCUCAACUGCAGCAACAGUUAGAGAUGAUCAGGCUGCUCCGGGGCGAGGUUGAUCAAGUUAAGGCUGAAUGUCGUAGAUGGAAAAAGAACAUGGACCAGCUUGCUGCCGAUAAGAAAGCCGUCAGGAAAAUCGAGGAGUUAGAGGCAGAGUUUGCUAGAGCUCGGGCUAAAGCUGCACAAGCUAAAGCUGAAGUUGAGAAGACGAAGUCUACGGCUGAUAAGUCCAUUGCCAUGUACUUAAGAGACGUCGUGGCUGUUCAAGCGGAGUUGAGGGAGACCUCCGACCGGGAAAAAUGGAGCAAUGAUUUGGCCAAGUAUCAAGCCCGGAGGGAGACUCUUGAAGAAAUCCACGCCCGAGGAUUUGACCUUACUGAAGAGAUAGCCGAAGCAAAGGCGCAGGAAACCGAUGCCACGUUUCUUGUCUCUUCAGAUGAUGAAGAUGUUCUUGUGUUGUGUUUCAUUUUGUUCUCAUUUGUGGAAUAUUUCGAUUGUAUAGCUCAAAUAAUUAGUUCGAGUGCUGAUUUUCUCUCUUCCAUUACACCUUUUUUGUGUGUUUCAGAUGGCUGCCAUGCAAAUAUAUUCUUGUUUGCUCCUUUUCCUGAUCAUGUUGGAAGCAAUCACGUUAUUUCAGCCACUGUAUUCACCUUGCAAAACAACUGCCCCUAUACGGUAUGGCCCGGUACACUUUCCGCCAAAGGUGCCGCCAUCUUAGGGGAUGGCGGCUUUUCAUUAUCCCACGGUGACACCAUCCACCUACCAGCUCCUUCCGGUUGGUCAGGCCGGUUCUGGGCAAGAACCGGAUGCACUUUCGACAAUUCCGGUAACGGAAAAUGCAUCACCGGCGACUGCGGUGCACUAAAAUGCACUGGCGGUGGUGUACCGCCAGUGAGUCUAGCAGAAUUCACCAUUGCCAAAAGCAACAAUGAGAAGGACUUUUACGAUGUUAGCCUUGUGGAUGGAUACAAUGUGGGUGUCGGUAUACAGACUUCCGGUGGCUCCGGUGACUGUCAAUACGCCGGUUGUAUCGCCGACGUGAACGGAAACUGUCCGACAGAGUUACAGGUCUUGGAUAAUUCUGGUAAGGUUGUGGCAUGUAAGAGUGCUUGUGCACAGUUUAACAAGCCGGAAUAUUGUUGCACCGGCGAUCAUGCAACGCCUCAAACUUGCCCGCCGACGCAUUAUUCUCAGUUGUUCAAGAACGCGUGCCCUUCUGCUUAUAGUUAUGCAUAUGAUGAUGCUUCCAGUACCUUUACUUGUUCUGGUUCAGACUACUUGAUCACGUUUUGCCCAAGCAGUUCUUGAUCAAUUUGAUGAUUGCUUUGAGAUUAUUAUUAUUAUUAUAAUUAAUACUUAUGUUUUGUUGCACUAUUGGGCUUAAAUAAAGCAGUGAAAAUUUUCUA